AUGGAUUUCACAUACCAGACGGCUGUGCUCGACUCCGGUGUAUAUCUGGCCUAUGUUGAUAGUAUCCCAGACGAGGCACCAAAAGGGGUCAUCGUCCUCAUUCACGGAUUCCCACAAACUGCAUAUCAGUUCCGCAAGGUCAUCAGGCCUAUAACAAAUGCAGGCUGCCGUGUUCUCAUCCCCGAUUAUCGUGGUGCAGGAGGCUCGAGCAAGCUCAGCAGCGAGAAUGGAACGGACUUCACCAAGACGCUGAUGGCAUCUGAUAUUGUCGCUCUUCUAGAUCACUUGGAUAUCAAAGAGCCAGUGCACAUCGCCGGACAUGAUAUAGGCGGCAUGAUUGCCUACGCACUUGCCUCGCGGCAUCCCGGCCGCGUCAAGAGCCUGAACUGGGGCGAGUGCCCGCUGCCCGGCACGGCGGUCUACUACCGCGACCGGACGGACAAUGCGAUCCAGCAGUUCCACUUCAUCUUCCACUGCGUGCCAGGGCUGCCGGAGCAGCUCGUGUCAGGGGAGCGGCAGGUCCGCAUCUACUUGGAGCACUUCUUCCACAAGAUCAUCUUCAACCGGGACGCCAUCACGGCGGAGGAUAUCGACUACUACGUCCGCGAAUACAGCCGCGAUGAUGCGAUGCGCUGCGGCUUUGAGGUGUACCGGGCGUUCCUGCUCGAUGCGAAGGAGAAUGAGCAGUGGUGGAGAGAGAAUGGCAAGUGCGGGGUCCCGACGCUAGGGCUCAGCGGGGAGGAGAGCAGGCAUGCUGCGCAGGCGGAGGAGAUGUUUGGUGAAGUUCAUGAGAAGGGGACUUAUGAGCUUGCGGUCAUUAAUGAUGCGGGCCACUACGUUGCUGAGGAAAAUCCUGAAGGGUUCGCUCGAGUUGUCGUGAAUUUUGCCGAUAAACACAAUUGA